ACAACAGUAUCGUUAGCAACGUCCGAUGGACUGGACGUUUAACGGGUGUUCUCGAAUAUGUGUGCACUAUACAUAAGCACACUAUCACUAAUGUUUAUUAGUUUCACAUUAGUUCGGUGACUGUACUGUGCUUGUAUACUCUUUGGUGCUGUGUAUCCCGCGAACUGAAUUGAAGUGUGGUUGUAAGAUAGAGACAGAAAUAUUGUAUUGUACUUCGAGGAUAAAAUAGCUGUCUUUCUCAGCUGUCAAUUCCAUAAAUUUCCACAAAAUCAGCUGAUAGCAAUUGUGUCGACAGCGGCGACUUGAGCUCGCUUGCUGACAUCACUGGUCGCUACCGCUGGCGCUAGUAGCUUGCGCGUUCGCUUUCCACCGCUUUUUGCGUCAGUCAUGCUCCGGUAGCGCACGCAGAUGGAUGUCGCGAGCACGAACGGUCCGUCGCUGCGGCUUCGCGGCGGCGUCAACAAUCACAGUGACAGUAAAAAAUAUGAGUUGAAUCUGUGCACAAGUGUAAUGUCGGCGGAGACCAAGCGUCUCCUGCCGCCCACCACGGAGACUAUCAUGACGAAGCCGUUCCCUAUAAGAGGUGAACGUGCAAACUACGUAAACAUUCCCCAUGUGAUUGCGAUGGUGGGUCUGCCCGCCCGAGGCAAGACAUACAUAUCAAAGAAACUCUCACGGUACCUGAACUGGAUAGGCAUUAAUACAAGGGUAUUCAACUUGGGUGAAUACCGGCGGCAUGCGACUACCGCGUACACAAGUCACGAGUUCUUCCGCGCGGACAACAAGGAGGCGAUGGCCAUCCGACAGCAGUGCGCGCUGGACGCCCUGCACGAUGUCUGCGAGUGGCUUGUUAAAGGUGGAGAGGUCGCUGUGUUUGACGCAACCAAUUCGACGAUGGAGCGACGGCGGAUGAUCCGCGACAUCGUAGUACAUAAGAUGGGCUUUAAGCUGUUCUUUGUGGAAUCCAUAUGUGACGACCCGAGGAUCAUUGAACAGAAUAUUAUGGAAGUAAAAGUAAGCAGUCCGGACUACACGAAUAUACAGAACAUGGACAAUGUGCUCAAUGACUUUUUACUCCGGAUAGAGCAUUACAAGGAAAAAUAUGAGCCGCUCGAUGAGACGCUGGAGGCGGAGUGCAGUUUUAUGAAGAUAUAUGACACGGGGGAGAAGGUGGUUGUACAUAAACAUGAGGGACAUAUACAAAGUCGCAUUGUCUAUUAUCUGAUGAAUAUACAUAUUGUGCCUAGAACUAUAUAUUUGACAAGGCACGGAGAGAGCAUGCACAAUUUGGUGGGUCGUAUCGGUGGAGACAGUGAGUUGUCAGCACGCGGGCGGCAGUACGCCAGCUCGUUGGCGACGUACAUCGAGCAGCAGCAGAUCCCUGGUCUGCGGGUCUGGACCUCGUGGAUGCGUCGCGCCAUACAAACUGUCAACGACGUACGAGCUCCUCAGGAGAGGUGGAAGGCGUUGAAUGAAAUUGAUGCUGGUAUAUGCGAAGAGAUGACAUACGCAGAGAUCCAGGAGAAAUACCCAUCGGACUUCAACGCGCGAGACGCCAACAAGUUCGCGUACCGCUACCCGCGCGGUGAGAGCUACGAGGACCUGGUGGCGCGCCUCGAGCCUGUCAUCAUGGAGCUGGAGCGUCAGGGCAACGUGCUCGUCGUCUCACACCAGGCUGUCAUGAGGUGUCUGCUCGCCUACUUCCUGGAUAAAUCUGCCGAAGAGUUGCCGUAUCUCCAUGUACCGCUGCAUACAGUGAUCAAGUUGACGCCGGUAGCUUACGGCUGUCGAGAGGAACAUGUUGCGUUGCCAGUCGCCGCUGUUGAUACACACCGUCCCAAGCCCGCGGAUAAAGAAGAAGAUGCCGCAACUGACAAAACGUACGUGAUCCCAGCACCGCGCAUCAAGCCGCCAACUCCGCUCGUCAAUGGCGACACAAACGGAGAACAAAGCAUCAAAACUCCAUCCCAUUAACAAACAUCGUAGCUAUUUAACAAAUUGAAACUAUUAUAUUCAAGUUUAAAUAAUACACGUCCUGAGGUUGACAAAGAUUAAAGAAAGCAGUGCAUAAUCUAUGACAUCGCAACAAAGAUUAAAAAAGCAAUGCAUAAUCUGUGACAUGUCGUGUGCGGAAUGGCGGUGAACUUGAGACUGAUGUUAGUGAGUUUAGACAUCUAAGUCAUGUUAUCGUGUAUUUAAAAUGAAAAAUGUGUAAAAAAUAUGAAAUCAAAUUUCAUCUACAUUUUUAGUCCCCUUUAGUAUCUAAGCAGCGCCGAGUUGCAGUGACGUUCUGUUUUUCGUUCAGAAACCUACAUCCAUAAACAAAUGAGAUCAAUUGUUUUUCUAAAUAAUUUAUAU